AUGGAUGGUAGGGGAAGUGGUCACACCCGAUCCUGGGGCAAAUCACACCCCGAACUGUUGGCAAAGUGUUACGAAAACGGCCAGGAGACGCCACAUUAUGGUGGACUGGAUCCAACCAAGCAGGAGACCCUUGAUUUCCUCUCCGCCCUCUUCGAAGAGAUCGUCGGGCUCUUUCCUGAUGCUGUCGUCCACAUGGGCUUCGACGAGGUGGAAUUUGCUUGCUGGCAAUCCAACCCCUUUAUAAAACAGUACAUGAUUGCUAACCGAUUCCCUACAUCAUUUGAUCUUCUCGACAGCUUCACCACACGACUACUAGACAGAGUUCAGAAGGCAGCCAAGAGGGUUUCACGAGGUGGUCAAAGAAGCUUCAUCUUCUGGCAGGACGCCUUCGACAGUGGUCUUAAUUUGCCGAAUAAUACGAUAAUUCAUCUCUGGAAGAAUAUUUAUGCAAGACCCGUCUACUUCGGACACAAAGUGAUCAUCUCAGCUGGGUGGUACCUUGAUCUCGUUGAGUACAGUGUUGGCUGGGUUUCGCUCUACACCAGCGAAUUCUUCAUGGAUCGUUUUUCCAGUUUCCACUCUGAUCACAAGGUCAUCGACGUGAUUGGUGGGGAAGCCUGUAUGUGGGCUGAGUGGCAGUCUGAUGAAACAGUUCUUCAACGCAUUUGGCCAAUGACCAGCGCGGUGGCCGAACGACUUUGGUACCACGGAACUCCCAAUGUCGAUGAAUUCGCAAAAAGACUGGCAGAACAACACUGUCGUCUGUUGCGACGAGGCAUCCCGGCUAGUGUGGUAAACGGUCCAGGUAUGUGUCCACUGCCAUUGGACGCUGCAGUUCUCGGACAAGGGACCUUCAGUGGGCUUGCGGUCACCGCAGGCAUACGUGUUCCGAGGUGCCUUGAACUCGGCAGCACCACGGCCCUCCUGUCGCUUGGCCUGCUGGCCUUCCUAACUGGCCUCCUUCUGGGUGCGCUGGGGAUUCUGACGAGGAUUUCACAGGCGAUAAUCCUCCUCAGCGACUCGGUGGCGUCGCGCUUCAAGGAGAGGCGAUUCGCCCAGCGUCUGGUCGCCUGCUCCGUUGUCCUAGCAACCUUUCUCUUCCUCCUCCUCUUCCACACAGACACCAGAGCUGGCACCAUCUAG